AUGGCCGAGGAAGGAGACGGCAGUAGCGGCCGCGCCGGUGGAGGGAAGGGAGACGGAUGGAGGUGGUCUCUGAGGGGAAUGACGGCGCUGGUCACCGGAGGCACAAGAGGAAUCGGGUUAGCGCCCCCACAUCCCUCCGUAGUUUUCUCUACUUCCAUUCAUGCGUGUACUCUGUCUGGUUCUUCUCUAUGCUCCUGAUCUUGGGUUUUGAUGGCGGCGCCGCAGUGACCCCUUGCUCCGAUAUCUUCUCUCGCAGGCACGCCGUCGUGGAGGAGCUGGCGGGGUUUGGAGCGGCCGUGUACACAUGCUCCCGGAAGGAGACCGAACUCGCGGAUUGCCUCCAAAAGUGGGAGAAGAUGGGGUUCUCUGUCACCGGAUCCGUAUGCGACGUCUCCCUCCGGGAUGAACGGGAGAAGCUGGUGGAGAAGGCUGCUGCUGCAUUUGGUGGGAAACUCAACAUCCUCGUAAGUCUCUCAGUUCCCAGAUCUACUCCGCCUUCUGUGGAUUUUUAUCUUCCUUCUACGAGAGUUGGCCGAUCGGAUCGGAUCAUCAGAGGAAAACAGUAAUAAUCUGAGCAGCAGUUGGAUGGGGAGACUCCAUGAAAGUCGAGAUAGGACUCUCCCUUGGGCUCCCCUCCUCCCGUGUUCUUCCUUCCCACCUCGGACUGUUUUCUUUCUUGCUUCUGUGGUGAUUACCUAUUUCCUCUUCGAUAAGAGUUUCAUCUUCUGUGGUCGAUCGAAACAUCGCAUUGGGUCCAUCUUCUGCCGUGACUCCUCAUAUUAUCCGACCUCCCUUGAUUGGCCCAACCACAUCAGGAGUUUACCCCGGAAGCUGAACUCGAGCUCGCUCAGAUCGAACCGAACAGGAUGAGGGGUAUUCAAAUGGGAUCGAUCAGAGUCGAAUUUCCUCUUUAUGAUCGUCAGGUAGGAUCCAACGGAUUGAACAACAAAACACUCCGGCAGAUCCGAAAAAGAUCGUCACUGCCUUUCAUCUCGGGGGAGUCGCUUCAAAAUGGCGAGAUGGGCACGUGGUAGCCAGGGGGACCGUACUAAUUCGGUGAUCCUGGAAGCAACUUACCCACAGUCAAACAGAUGAUACCGUUCAGCUCAGGAUUCUGGGUCAACUUUUGCCCGAUGUUCACGCAGUAAGCACAAGGAAAGGAGAGGAGGGAGGAGGCGAUGUACCCUACCAGUCAUUCAUCGUACUCUCCCAGAUCAGAUCUUCGAGGAGAAGAGAGCUGUUUCCAUCCAAUUCUGUGAUGAAGACUCGGAAAAACAGCCGAGACGAGUACCCAGAUGGUGACUCCACAGAAAUGUAUUCCAGAUCCUUCGUUGCGGGGAACGAAGUGCUUCUCACGGCUUUGGCUUAUUGAUUCGGAAGCUCGGAAGAGCUCGGGCUGGGUCAUACUCACCCGUUUAUAUCACCUUUUACGACUUUUCAAGCCUCUUGACAUGCCCCCCGAUUUCACGGAGCUUCUAGUCGUUAUCAUAACCUUUACCUGAUGAAUUUCUUGGGGUUGACCUUUUCCCCAGGUCAACAACGCCGGGACGAACACAAGGAAGCCCACCGUGGAUUACUCGGCGGAGGAGUACUCGCACAUCAUGAGCACCAACCUGGACUCUGCCUUUCAUCUGUGCCAACUCUCCCAUCCCCUUCUCAAGGCCUCCGGCGAGGGAAGCGUCGUGUUCAUAUCCUCCGUCGCCGGGUUGGUGGCCAUCGCCAGUGGAUCCAUCUAUGCCGCGACCAAAGGUAGCGAUCGCAUCAUCUCUUCCAAGCAUUUACUCUAUUCGAUUUAUUCCAUUUAUUCAUAUGUGCCGUUUUCGGGGCAUUUAUUUCCAGGGGCCUUGAAUCAGCUGACUAGGAGUUUGGCCUGCGAAUGGGCCAAGGACAGUAUCCGUGUCAACUGCGUCGCCCCCUGGUACAUCAACACCUCCCUCGUCAAGCAAGUAAGGCUCUUUCUUUAUUUUUAUUUUAUUUUAUUUUAUUUAUUUUAUGAGUGUAAUUUGAGGGGCGGCGGGGGUCAACGCGGUGGGCGACUUUUGUCUGUCUGUCUUUCCAUGCAGGUGCUCGAAGACGGGGAAUUCACCCAACGGGUGAUCGGCCGAACGCCGCUCCGCCGCGUCGGAGAGCCCACCGAGGUCUCCUCUCUGGUCGCCUUCCUUUGCCUGCCGGCGGCGUCGUACAUCACCGGCCAGACCGUCGCCGUUGACGGAGGGAUGACGGUCAACGGCUUCUUCCCGACUCAUGGUUAA